AUGGCGGCGUCGGAUGGCUUGUACCACGAGCACGCGGGCGACAGCAAUGGCACGCUCCCCGAAGCUGCCUGCGGCUGCCUGCCCAGGGGCGCCGACCAUGGCGCCGGGUAUGCGCGCAUGGACGCGCGGAGCCUCGCGUCGGCCGAUGGAGCGCAUUCGCCGUGUGUUGGCACAGCGCAGCACGGCAGCGUGGCCAGCGGGCUGCAUCAAUGCGACGCGGGGCUGAGGGAUGGCGAGCGCAGCGCGUCAUGUAACGGGAUAAGCAGCGCGCGUCAGACAGGGUCGGAGGGAAAUGAGGCGCGGAACGGGUCGGAGGGAAAUGAGUCGUGGCGGAAGCGCAUUGCGCGCAUGGUGCACGGAAGCAGUGAGCAGAACGGCGUCGCAGCAGAUAGUAAGGGUGGCACGGAUGUAAGCGCGGGUGACGACCAACGCACGUGGGGCCCGGAGGAGAGGUCGUGGGAUGUGGAGGCAGGUCGGGGUGCGGGCAGCGGUGACGGAGCGAGCGCCGAGACACGGCCGCGCCGCAGCGCCUUUCCUUACGACUGGUUCGUUGCAAAGCGGCCCCACAACCGCCAGCCGCUGCAGCCCGACGAGCGAACCUGGCGGGGGAUCAAUGCACGCCCCGCCACGCCUGCGUCCUCCGCGUCGUCCGCAUCCGCCAGUUCCCCCGCCUGGCCCUCCGCCCGCCCGUCCGCGGCCCCCGCGUCGCCGCCGUGCCAGCAGCCGGACGAGAUGAUUACGUCAGCGUCGUACGAGGUAGUGGCGGAUGAUAUGGAGGAGGAGGAGGAGGAGGAGGAGCGCAUGAGCGACGCGGGGUGCACGGACGACGGGCUCGAAGCUACCACCGACUGCCACGACCAACUCUGCUGCUGCUGGCCCCUCCUCCCCGCCUCCCCCGCUCGCCCCGCUCCCCUUCCCCCCGCCGACUCGCGCGCCUCCGACUCAUCCGCGGGGAACACGGAGGGCGAGGAUGCGAAGCGGAGCAUGCGUGGAGCGGGCGAGGCGGGGAAGGGAGAGGCGGGGCGCGGGGCGGUGGCGUGGGCGCGCAGCGUGGACUGGGGGUCGCGGCGCUGCCAGCUGUCCAUCUUCGCCGCCGUGAUGCUGGCGGGGCUGGCGGCGGCCGCCGUGGUGUUCUGGGCGACGUUCAGGAGCUACCAGCACAGCAGCAUGGACGUGCUGACGACGCUGUGCGACACGUGGGCGGCGCUGCUCAACGAGCGCCUGCAAGACUCCGCCAAACAGGCCCGCGUGCUGUCGGCGCUGCUCUCCAUCCUCUACUUCCGCUCCACCCCACCCGUGCUCAACCAGCUGUCCGUGCAUCUCUUCCACAACGUCGCCUUCGCCCUGCGUGUCUCGCCCGCCCUGCGCCCCGCCUGGGAGGCCCUCAACAACGCAUCCGCGCCCUGCAUCAUGGACGAGGGCAGGGAGUGUGCGGAGGAGCGCAUGGAGUAUGCGCCCAUAGUGUUUGAGGAGCUCGCCCAUGCCCCGCACCGCGGCCUCGACCUCUACCAAUUGGACCAGUUGAACGCCACGGUGUGGCGGGCGCGGCAGCAGCUGCGAGCAGUGGUGUCGCCCAUCCUGGCCGCCACACACGCGCCCACCGCCGUGCACUUCUCCCCCGCCGCCUCCUCCGACGCACACUUGUUCAAGGUGCUGCCCGUCUUCCGCUCCUCGCGCGCGUACUCGCCUGCCACGCCCGGAGGGCAUGACGGCGACGAGGGCGUGGCGAGUGCGGAGGUGGGCGCGGGCGUGGGGGAGGGCGAUCUGGGCGGGUUCAUGGUGGCGGAGAUGGACGUGGACGGGCUGUGGAAGGACAUCAGCAAGGUGCGCAGGGGGGGCACGGGCAACUGGAAGCUUGCUGGGUUGCUGCUCACCCGGCCCUCAGUGCUGUGUGCAACUCCAUGCCUGCACUGCAUGCGCACGCUCUGCCUGCCUUUCCCUGCGGCGUCACCAGCGGCGGACAUGGUGUUGCAGAUAGUGGACGUGACGGACGGCGGUGCACCGCAGCUGGUGCUGGACGCCUCGCGCCAGGCCUACAACCCCGCAGACCAGGUGGCGGAGGGGCCCUUUGCACGUGUCAACAGCAUUGACUUCGGAGACCAGUUCCGGCAGUACGAGCUCCGAUGCAGGUAUGCGAGUGUGCCGGUGCCGGUGCUGCCGGUGGUGUGGAUGGUGCUGGUGCUGGUGGUGGUGGCGGGGGCGGCGUACCUGCUGUGUGUGGCGCAGAGGCAUCUGAGUGUGGCGCGGCGCAACCUGAGGCGCAUGGGGCUGCUGAAGGACCGCAUGAAGCGCGCCAAGGUGCUGGCGGAGAUGGGCAACCGCGCCAAGGGCACCUUCCUCGCCACCAUGAGCCACGAGCUGCGCACUCCCCUCAACGGCGUCAUUGGCAUGAUGAAUCUGUUGCUGGAGACGCCAUUGAGCGCAGUGCAGCUGGACUACGUGGACACGGCGCGCACCAGUGGCAGGGCGCUCGUGGACCUCAUCAACGACAUCCUUGACCUCUCCAAGAUCGAGGCGAAGCGGAUGGUAUUGGAGAGUGCGGCGAUGGACGUGCGCAGCGACGUGGUGGACGACGUGCUGAGCAUGUUCGUGGACCGCAUCCGUGCCAACCCCCACGUUGAGGUCGCUGCCUACGUUGACCCCGCCGUGCCCUCCCUCAUCUUUGGGGACUCACUGCGCCUGCGCCAGGUGUUGAUGAAUCUGCUGUCCAACAGCUGCAAGUACACGGCGCGAGGCCACAUCUUCAUCUGUGUGCGCGCCGUGCGCUCAGACGAGGACCUGCGCCACGUGCUGCUGCUGCACUCGCGCACCACCUCCCACGCCCUGCCACACCGCGGCGGCACAGGCCCCGGCCCCCAUGACUCGUCGGCGUGGCGUGUGGUGUCCCCGUCCGCCCUCAUGCGCCCCGCGCUCUCAGGCCCCGGCGCCGGCCCAGGCCGCCUGCAGCGCGCUUACCUGGGGUCAGGGACGCUGGGGGGCGAUAGGGUGCUGCGCGAGGGUGGAGAGGGGGAGGAGGGCGUGGAGGGCGGUGGGUGGUCCAGCAGCAGGGAUGAUGACAGUGCUUCCAUGUGCGGGGAGGAGGGCAGGGGUAGUAUGGAGAGGGAAAAGGAGAGGGAGAGAGAGAGGAGGUGUUAUGAGACACUGAGUGGGUAUGAGGCGGUGGAGAGCUGCAACAGCUGGGCGCAUGUGCGCAUGCAGCAGCAACCCAUGGCGUGUGGUGGAGCAUUGGAGCAGGGUGCGAGUAGAGGGGGUGCGGGAGGGCGGGGGGUGGCAGCAUCAUCGGGGAUGGUGCGAUUGGUGGUGUCUGUCGAGGACACGGGCGAGGGCAUCCCUUUGAGUGCGCAGAAGAGCAUCUUCAAGCGCUUUGUGCAGGCAGACGCCAGCAGCACGCGCACGCAUGGGGGCACGGGCAUCGGGCUGACCAUCUCACGGCACCUGGUGCACCUCAUGGGCGGCAAGCUCAGCUUCGUGAGCCGCCCUGGCAUCGGCACCACCUUCUACUUUGACUUCACCGUGCCCUUCCACGCCCCCAAACCACCCGCUGCUGCUGCUGCUGCUCCUGGUAGUGCUGGGGCAGCAGUGGGUGGCAGGGCAGGGCGAGGGGCAUCUAGUAUCAACUCGAGUGACUGUGUGUUCACGGCUCCGCCUCUCUCCCCGCCCACGCUGCAACACCAGGACGCGCUAUACCAGGGUGCGGCCGCUGCCUCUCUUGGCAUUAGCUGCUCCCCCUCGCCCUCCCUCUGCCCUCCGCCCCUCCACCUCAUGCCUCCACCAACGCCACCCUCCGUGCGUUCCCCGCUGCCCGUGCACGAGGCACCUCCCUCCACACAGAGUGCGGCAGAAGCAGCAGCACUAUCUCCAAAAGCAGCAGCAGCAGCGGUGGCGGUGGCAGGGCAGCAUGUGUGUUGGUGCCCGGCAGCGCUGUCAGGGCCAUAUGCAGGUGUGGCGGCGGUGGUGCUGGACGACUGGGCGGUGCGCCGUGCUGUCAUGCACACGUACCUUGCUCGCCUGGGAGUCACCGUGCUGCAUGCUGAUGCGCAUGCACAUGGCCAUGCCUGCAUGUGCCAUGGGGAACAGCAGGCAGCAGGGCACGGAGUGGAGGGGGGGCCUCAUGGCAGUGCGCGUACCGCUGCUGGCCUGCAGGGAGACGCGUCAGCAGAGAAUGGAAGGGACAUGGCUGUAGCCGCCCUUGGCAGCACGAGUGCUGGUACGGAGGGUGUGAGUGCGGGUGGUGCAGGUGGGAGUGCAGGGUCGUGGGAGGCGGUGUGGGCAGCGCGGGGCAUGGUGGUGGUGGUGGAGCAUGAGUGGCUGGCGGACAGGGGCGGGCUGGCCAGGGGGUGGCGGCACCGCGUGGAGGCAGCAGCGGGGUGGGUGGUGCAGCAGUACCGCCGCUCCCACCACCAUGCGCUCACUGCUGCCACACCACACACUGGGGGCGCUGCCAACAGCAGCAUGGCAGGAGCGGCCGAGCAAGGGCGGUGGUUUGGGUUGCCGGAGAGGUGGCGGGCGAUUGUGGUGCUGCGUGAUGCAAGGCAGGCAGGUGGGCUGAAGCAGCGGCAUGGCGUGGCAGCGGUGCUCAUCAAGCCCAUCCGCCACGCCGCCCUCGCUGGCUGCCUGGGGGAGGCCCUGGGGGUGGACGGCGCACCUGCUGCCCAUGCCCUGCCCGCCCAACCUGCCCCUGCCCUGCACAUGCCUGCAUCCGUGCUUCUCACACACUCUCCUGCUGCGCGUGUUGGGCUGGACGGAGGGGGAAGGGGAGGGGUGUGCGAUGAGAGUGAGGACGGCGAGGAGGCCCCUCUGCUGCCGCUGAGUGCGUCUGUGGGUUCGUCACCGGCUGUGCGUGGGUGCUGCGUCCCACUGGCAGCACGCUCAGGCAUGCAGCACCGCAGCAGAAGCACCAGCGCUCUGGCAGCGCUGUGUGGGGCGGGCAGGGGCGCACACGGAGGAGAAGGGCUAGGGGCGGAGCAGGCACAUGUGAGGGAGGGUGGUGGUGGGGGCGAGGAGGCGAGUGCAAGGUCUGUAUGUGAGGGGCGUGGGGGGAUGGCAGAGAGUGUGGUGGGUGAGCGUGUCCCAGCAGUGGCUGCAGAGAAUGGAGGCCCCCGGUGGGCAGCAGGGGCGACAAGAGGAGGAAUAGAGGUGGGGGGUGGCGGUGUGAUGAGCAGUGUGAGGCACAAGAGCGCUGCUGCUGCACGGCUGUGCCAUGCUCUGGAAGGCUCCAAGUUCCUCGUGGUCAGUGCCUCAUGUUCUGAGUUGCAUGCACGCAUGCUGGACAGCAUCGUGCUGCUCCCUGCUCGCCCCCCUUGCUGCCCCUCGGCCUCAUUCCCCUGUCCUCAUGUGGAUGACAACAUGGUGAACCGCAAGGUGAUCAGCAAGAUGCUGCAGCGCUAUGGCGUGCAUGUGGAGGCCGUGGAGGGGGGCGCACAGGCACUGCAGCGCCUGCAGCAGCCACAUGAAUUCGUGGGGGUCUUCAUGGACGUGCAGAUGCCGGGCAUGAACGGCUUCCAGGCCACCAGGGCCAUUCGCAACAUGGAGGCCGCUCAACCUGCUGCCUGCACUGCACCGCUGCCCACUGCUGCCACCGCACAGGAGAGCGUGCCUGCCACGCCAGUCGCACUAGCUGAUCCUCAUACGCAAGCACCACCAUACCCUGGGGUGCCAUCGCCACUUCCAGCUGCAGCCACAGCACAGCGUGGCACUGUCGCUCCCCCCCCACCCUCCUCCCCAUGCCCGCCUCCUGCAUCCCCCUGCACGCCCCCCUGUCGCCCUGCACCGAGGCAGCGCCUGCUGGUGUUUGCCCUGACGGCGGACAUAGGCGGGGGCACGAGGGAGCGGUGUGCAGUGGUGGGCAUGGACGGGUACAUGACCAAGCCCAUCGAGGAGGACCAACUCGCCUCCGUCGUGCUGCCCUUCUUCCACCCGCCUCCCACCGCCCCUCACACACACCCGCCUCUUUCUGCCGACCCCACUGCUCCUCCCCCUUGA